AUGUGGAAGGCAGUGAGUCCCUUCAAGAAGAUCCUUGGAGCAGGCGUUUGUGGUGGGGCGGCCUUCAGUUCUACCGCCGUCUUCCUCAAAGAGUCCAAUACCGAGUUUAUCAGUAAUCAUGCCACCAAGUUUGUGAAGGCUGAGGAUGGAAUUCAACUCUCUAGAAAGGUAUUUAUAAACGUCAAAGAUGAUUAUUUCGAACCCUUUUACUCGGCGCAAAUAAAAUAUUCGCAGGAUAGCCUCAUUGAGCAAACGGCUAGCCAGAAAGUUAAAAAUGGCAUUUGCCUGUCAUUUAUGCGAUUUGGCUCUUCCAACCCAUCGGCUAGCUAGCCAAACCACUUUACAAUGAGUAGUCGCUGCGCCAUAUGAAAUCUGAAUCGAUUGAAGCCCAUUGUUUGAUUCCAGAUCGUCUCCCCGAAUGACAAACUUGGACUGAAUCUCCGUUUAUAUCAAUACCAGACAUGUCCGUACUGUAGUAAAGUCAGAGCCGUCCUUGAUUAUUAUUCCUUUUCUUAUGAAGUCGUUGAAGUUAAUCCUGUAACGCGUUCGCAACUCAAAUUUCUGAAGGACUACAAGAAAGUAAGUUGUCUUAAUAAUUCAAUUUGAGACUUUAGGUACCCGUAAUGACAAGUGCUAAAUGUGAAACGCUGGUCGAUUCCUCACAAAUCAUCUCAGUUUUGGUCAGUUUUCUUCUUUUGCCGACCAGAAAACUGAACGAAGUGAUUCAAUUCUAUCCGGAACAUGAAGGAUACAAUCAGAAAUUGCACAAGAAUGAAAAGAUAUUCCCCAACAGAAAUUAUAUCAUGAAUGAAGAGAAACGUUUGACCAAUUCUGAGAUCCAAAGUGUGAGGGAAGAAAGAGAAUGGAGGGAUUGGGUGGACGAUCACUUCAUCCAUAUGAUCAGCCCUAAUGUCUACAGAACUUGGGAGGAAUCUCUGGAGACAUUCAGAUACUUUGAUAAAGUCGGAGAUUGGAAACAUAAUUUCCCGGCAUGGGAAAGAUAUCUGGCUGUUUACAUGGGCGCCGCGGCAAUGUUUGCGAUCUCAAAGAAGCUUAAGAAAAGGUAAGGACAACUUUGGUGAUUUGUAAUAAAGUUAGGCAUAAUAUAGUGGACGAAAGAAAGGCGAUUUUGGAUGCUUGUAACGACUUUCUGAAGGCAAAAGGCCGAGACCGACAAUUCCUCGGUGGAAAGGAACCUAAUUUGGCUGAUCUGGUAGGAUAAGUAACAAAGAAUUUAUGUUUUUCCUCAGUCUUUAUACGGCGCAAUCACUUCAUUCGCCGGAACCAGAACUUUUGCUGAAUUACGUCAGCAGUGUGCAAUUGGAGAAUGGUACGAUGCAGUCCACAAGGCGGUCCAGGAACAUCGGGGAGCAGCCUUGAUCAAAGCAAAGUCCCAAAUCGAAUUGAAUUAA